CUGGAACUCAGGUAGAUGCACACCAACAUCCCUGUGCAACUGGCACAAUAAGGAACCAGGAAGUGGAGCCCAGGGAACAGAGAUCAUUCCACAGAGAGGGGCCGGCCAGAGGAGAAGCACAUUCAACAAAAGCCCUGAGAUUGGAUAUCUGGGAAAACCCUGAAAAGGAUAAAACAAAAUGGGGUCUGGAGGCCAAAGCUUUGGAGAUGAAUUGGAAAACCAGAUCAAUGAUGCUCUGAGCAAGCUGGCAAGCAAAAACCCAUUCCAGUCUGACUGGGACAUUGCUGCUUUUGCCAUUUUCUUCAUCUUCAUUGGUACGGUGCUCUUGCUGGUGCUCCUGGCUCUUAUCCGUUGUUGUUGCUGCUGCUGCUGUGACUGUGACUCCCCCAGACACAAGAAGAUUCCCCGGACCAAAGUGGGCAUUGAUAACUUGGGCAUGGAGCCAUAGCCCACCCCCUACCACCAAACCCUAGGACACAUGGAUUGCGAACCCAAUGGAUUCUCUUCUUGGCUGGCUUCUUCUUGCUACAAAGAAAUCUCUUGCAGAUUGGACUUUGCACUAAUUGUGAGUGCCAGACCUGCUGGAGUUGGCUGGGGUCUUGGCCACACACAGCUCCAUUGCAGCACAUGCUCUUCCUUCUCUCUCUAUAAUGGUGAAGAUCAAGCACUGAAUAUAGCUGACAUCCACUGGGGCUAGGGACAGACAUUACACAUAAACUGGUUUAAGUGAUCAGAAACUGGUUUAAAUCUGUAACAGAACAGAUGUUCAGUGCACAUAAACUAGUUUGAGAGAAACCUGGUUGAAUGUAGUA